UCCUAUAUCAAGGGAAGGAAGGGGAAGGAUUAAUGCAAGAACCUCCUCACAGGCCUUCCUCUGUAUGUCAGGGCUUCAGAACUCAUGAAAAAUUCUGGAGGAAGAGACUAAAGGAAGCAAAGACAUCAAGAGUCCACAAACAGAAAGUAAAGAUCGAGGUCUUGAAAAACCACUUUCUCUUGGAAUCUUCAGCUGUACAGUUCUCCCAAUAAGAUGUCCUUGGAGAAGAUGAAAGAGCUUCAUCUGGAGGAAAAUUAUCUACACCCAGAAACUAAAGAAGUGAAUGGAAUCCUCAUGACCAAAAUGAUUAGUGAUAAUUGGGACAAAAUCUGGAAUUUCCAAGCAAAACCUGAUGAUCUCCUCAUUGCAACCUAUGCAAAGGCAGGCACAACCUGGACACAGGAGAUUGUGGACAUGAUCCAAAAUGAUGGGGAUGUGCAGAAGUGCCAGAGGGCCAACACCUUUGAUCGCCAUCCUUUCAUUGAGUGGACACUGCCCUCACCUCUCAACUCAGGUCUGGAUCUGGCUAACAAAAUGCCUUCUCCUAGAACUCUGAAAACUCAUCUGCCUGUUCAGAUGCUACCACCUUCCUUCUGGAAAGAAAAUUCAAAGAUUAUCUAUGUGGCUAGAAAUGCCAAGGACUGUCUGGUCUCCUACUACCAUUUCUCAAGAAUGAAUAAAAUGUUGCCUGACCCUGGUACAUGGGAAGAAUAUGUUGAGACAUUCAAAGCUGGAAAAGUGCUGUGGGGUUCCUGGUAUGACCACGUAAAGGGAUGGUGGGAUGCAAAAGACCAGCACCACAUUCUCUACCUCUUCUACGAGGACAUGAAGGAGGACCCAAAGCGGGAAACUGAGAAGAUACUGACGUUCCUGGAGAAAGAUGUAUCAGAGGAAGUUCUGAAUAAAAUCAUCUAUCACACCUCCUUUGAUGUAAUGAAGCAAAACCCAAUGGCCAACUAUACCACUUUGCCCACCAGCAUCAUGGACCACUCCAUCUCCCCUUUUAUGAGGAAAGGGCUGCCUGGAGACUGGAAGAACUAUUUUACUGUGGCUCAAAAUGAAGAAUUUGACAAAGACUACCAGAAGAAGAUGGCAGGAAGCACCCUAACCUUUCGCACAGAGAUCUGAGAGCAGUCAGGGAGUCUGCCCUGGACUUUCUUGCCAGAUUUUUGCCAUCUGAGCCUCAUGAUCAAGGACACCUAAAACAAAGACACACUUCCUCCAGUCUGGAGCUGUUACACACUAGCUAUAGACCCUAUGCCACUAUGAUAAUACUUCACCAAAAUGUAACCAAAUCCUAGGUAGUUUUUAAUUAAGAUACAUGAUCCCUCAUGUAGACACCAACCACAUAAUGUACUCACCUGUCCUAAGGCAAAAUAAAGACAACUUAGUUCCAUCACUAGUUUACAAUAGUAAAGUAAAUAAAGAGAUACAUAAAAGUGUAAUUUCAACAUAAGAGAAAGUGAACAAGAGAAGAAGGAGGAUGAGAAGUGAGCACUAGGGAGAAUGUGAGGGGAACUGGUUUUUAUUUUUAAAGUUCAGGAAUGAGAAGCAGAGGAUAGUCCUCUCUUGAAGAUAUCAGAUUAGGACCUGCAGAGGAUGGCAUGAAGGAUGGAAUGCUGUGAGCUGGGUCUGACUCAGGUGGCUUCAGGCUGAAAUGGUCCCAAAACCAAAGAGAAAGGCCACAGGAGAGGAAUUAGGAAUGCAAGAUGAGCAAGAAACUCAGCUUGGUUCUGUGGCCAACACAAGGCUGGAAAGCAGAGAAAGAUUUUGUCUUUCAGAUGGACUUCUGAGAGAGAGGGAGGGAGUGGGGAGGGGAGACAGAGAGAGAGAGAGAGAGAGAGAGAGACUGAGUCUUCAGUGAGCUCAAAGAAAAAAUAAAAUAUUCAGUAACUGCUGCAAAUUAAGAAAAACAUUCAUGUCUCUGUGGAAAAUCAUUUUUUAUCUUUUUUUAAAAAGGGCUCUUAGCAAAACUGUCAGCAUUGCCAAGUUGAUCAGCUACACUUAUGAUUAUAUUCUUUUUCUUCUUAUUAUUAAAACCUAUACCAAGAAAA